ACCUCUCUCUCUGUGAAGAUCUCUCUCUCAUUCUGUGAAGAACUCUCUCUCUCCAUCGAUUUUUCUCUCUAAAGAAACUAUUAUCUGAAACUUUAUGGCGGCCUUUGAAAACCACUCGAGAAAACCGCUUUUGAAGAAACCAACUUCUGCGAAGAAACCAGAGUAUCGAAACCUAAGACGAAGCGCUUGAUCGAGGAGUGAGGCGUACAAGAAAUGGAGGAAAGUAUCCACCAGAGAAAGGUAAGUUCUUCAUCCGCUCAGUUCCUGGUUUCUGGUGCCGAUUCCUGUGUUUCUUUCAUCAAAGGCCAUUCCAGUGCUCAAACGCACCUGAGAACGAUCAUAAGCACCAUUUUGCUGGCUGGAUCUUCUUCUUGUUCAGGGAAUUUAACACAGCCCGAAAAUUUCUUGGAAGAAUCAAGUUCCCUGAAAUUUAAGACUCAGUGGCCGGAAAACGCGACGGAAAAUGAGUUUUAUCGUCAGAAAAAUGUUCUGGGAAUCGACCUUAACCUAAGGCUAGGGUUCUGUGAUGAUAAAGGUGUCGGGAUUAUUGGAGAAGAGGGAGUAUUAUGUAGUGAUUCAGCUUGGAGUGGAGUAGGAGGAGAAGAGAAAUCAAGCGUCGAGGUCCAUUACUCCUCUGUAGAUUCAGGUCAAAUUUCCGUUCAAAAAAGCUCGUCAGAAGGCGAAUGCGAUCCCAAAUCCGGCCAAAAGUCACCGGAAAAAACGGUCGGAGAAUUUUCCGGGGUCACGAACCAAGUCUCCAAACCAGUAAUUGGAGAGAGCUUUAACGGAACGGAUUCACGCCCCUGUUCUGAUCAAACGGUCAGGAUCGUUUAUCAAGACGACCUCGAGCCUUCUGAUAUAGGAAAAAGCACACUGACUUUGACCUCUUCCUUUACAAAAGAGGGCUGUUCCCUUGAGUUUCAGAGAGAAGAGACUCGAGAAGAGGCCGAUAUGGCCGCUGGUUUCGAGUUCCAGAGUGAGAAAGUAAGAGAGUUUAAGAGAGAGAAAGUCCGAAAAGAAGCCAUUAGAGCCUCUAGUUUCGAGCUUGGCAAAGAGAAAGUUAGUGAAGAAGGCUGUCUAGGGUUACUUUUAGAGGCUGUUCGUCUAGUUUCAGGUGAUUUUGAUGAUUCAUUGGACACCAACGACGGAGAAGAGGAGCAAAAACCAGAGGAAAACAGAGAGACAAAGGAUCCUGCGGUCAAGAUUGAAGCAAAGGCGUCGAGAAACAACAAGCGCCGUUGGAUGGUGGAUUUCUACUCUGGGUUCGAGGACUUUGAACUCGCUCCAGUCGUGAAGUCCAAAAGAGGAAGGAACCAGGUCCUUCCAAGAAAGUAUAGAGACUCUGUUCUCGAGCCAUGGAAGAGGCUCCCUCGCUAAGGUUUCAAGCUCAAAACCCUAAGGAUCUCGCCUUCUCAUUCUCCUUCAAAUGCCGUCAUAUUCUGCGGAUCCAUUUCCGGAGCCGUACAUUAUCAGGUCGCCAUUCUUCCUUUUCAUUCAACAUGUUAUCAGUUAGGGUUUUAUAUUCUCCCCAUAGGGAUGGAGGAAUUCGAGGACGCGAUGAAAGAGAGGACACAGCUUUUCGUCGAGUUCAGUACUUUCAGAGGCCUGUCUAACUUCGAGGUCUCUCUCGCUCUAGAAAAACGAAUUGGUUGUUGGGUUAAUAUUCAUGGUGCUAUUUGUUAUGAGGGAUUAAAAUAUCUAGAGUUUGGAUAAUACUAUUUUUAGUUUGUUAGACUGGCAUAUUAUUUUUAUUGAGGUCUUAAUCCAAAAAAACGCAUAAUACAAUCCAAAAUUUUCGCUAAUGCUUCAAAAUGAAUUCGCCAUAUUUAGUGGGAUUAUCAAAAUAAAUUCCAAAUAUUCCAACCAAAAAACAAUAAACAUGGUAACGCUAUAUUGAGAUUUGGCAUUUACAUAGGUUUUUUCUCAAACGGUGAGGUUUGUAUGAGGCGUAAACCUUAUAUUAUUGACGUAAGGUGUACGCUAAAACUAUGCUGAAAAUGCGCUUUCGGUGUCACAAAGACUUGUGAGGAUACAAAGAUCUAUUAUUGUCCUUAAUUAUGAAAUUUAAAGUUCUAAAAACAGUGACGAUCAAGCAGAUUUAUAAACACUA